AUGAUGCAUCGCGUUUUAUGCUUGCCCGAAAUCCUCGUCAUUACUCUGAGCUUCACAGAUCGAAAAGAUCAGAAACGAUGCGCCCUCGUCUGCCAAGAGUGGUGUGAAGUCGCUCUGGACGUUUUGUGGCACGAAUUGUCAGAUUUUCCUGCGUUUGCCAACCUUCUAUCUCCAGUUAAGAAGAAAAGGAAGUCCUCGGGGAUUUUUGAAUAUGGCUUUGAUCCUCAGCCCGGUGUGAAAGCCUGGGGUCGCUUUCAGUCGAAAUAUUGUCGCAGAGUCCGAAAGAUUAUAUUCAAUGGCAACAUUGACACUGGCAUAAUCCCUCUCUUAAAUGUCAUAUCAAGAAUUCGUUCAAUCUCUACACCGAUGUUUCCCAACCUGAAGUCUAUCGAUUGGAGAGAUGCUUACAGCCGCUUUUGCGAACUCAACCUUUUUAUGCAUGAGGGUGUCACUGAAUGUGAGGUUGUCGUCGAGGGCCACAGUCUACACCUUCACGAAGUGCAGUUGCUUGCAGAAGCUCUUCAAGCUCAGAUGCCGCGGCUGACUCUCCUCGCCAUCAACACGACACCCCGCCAGGAGUAUACAGAGCCACUAUUAGAGCUUAUACGGUCGCUUCCCGACUUAGAAACGCUUUCGCUCCCCGCCUUUUCCAACGUCUCUGAUGUCGUGCAAGCGCUUGCCAGCACGUCAAAAAGCUUGAAGACCCUCCGAUUUCUACAAGGACCUCCUGAUGAUGAUGAUGAUGAUGACGUGCCUGCAAUGGCUGUGGACGAGAUGGGGCUGUGCACUUGCGUUGAUUUACCGAUGCUAGCAGAACUGGAGUUAUUUGUGACUUCGUACGCGGUUGCGACUACUUUUCUCGACAAACAUUGGCUGGGUGCCUUGCACAUUAUUCAGCUCAAUAUCACUUCCAUCGAGGACCGCAAAUCGACACGAGAGCUCUUUCAUGCUCUAUCGGUGAACUGUCCUAUGUUGGACAACCUGGCAGUUGGCUUUGCGAUACCGGAAAUGCAAAUAGUCGAUGACGCGCCCAGACGUGAUUUCAUAACUUUUAAAGACUUCGAGAACAUCUUACAUUGCAAGACCAUGACCAGCUUCGAGUUUAGGACCCCUUUUGCUCUGGACCUAUGCGACGAAGACAUCCAAACAGUGGCCAUAGCAUGGCCCAACUUGAAGCGGAUAACCCUUUCGCAUGACCCUACUUCUGCUAUAGAUGCACCUAAACCUUCACUUUGGUCUAUCGGCCACUUCUUUGCCCAUUGUCCACAGAUCGAAAGAAUCCAUCUGUUGAUGGACACAACGAUCCGCUCUGAACCGACAGAUACUGUAAUGAUUCAGUGCAGCAACACUUUUGAGCUAUUGGAUGUGGGCAAGUCGCCUUUAUCAGACGCUGACACGUCAAGUGCAGCAAUGAUCCUCAGCCGUCUUCUUUUGCCAAGCUGCUCUAUCGUACACAAGUGCAACCGUGACAACCAUUCCGAUGAUGACGACCAUUCUGGAAAUGAUGCGGGCAGGUGGGAUGGGAUGGCCAAAUGGACAUCCAUAUUGUCCGAAAUGGCUCUAGCCAUACACGAAAAGGACCAGAUGAUACUGGAUAUGGAAGACCGACUCCAUAGUGCAAAUGCUCGUAGUUUGAGCUUGCUGCGAGUUCUUGAGCUUGAGCCUGAAGGUCGGAAGGAUGAUGGACUCGGACACCUAGUUUAA